UAGCCGGCAAGCUGCAUCACUCUUCGCCGCAGAGGUUUGACUACAGUCAGAAGUAACAGAAAAAGUUUUACAGCUGACGGGCGACGCUCCUGAGCCGCCGGAGUAGCGACCUGCAAACUGAUCCCAGUCCUGAUCUGAGCGAGUGUCUGCUGACGGAGAGAGAGAGAGAGAGAGAGAGAGGCAGGCUACCACUGUCAAGUUGCAAAAGGUGCCUCCAGACUUCAGACAUUACUCCUGACUUGCAGAAAAUUACAAUGGCUGACCGUUUCGACUGUGACAAUUGCAAAGAAUCCCUCUAUGGCCGCAAGUACAUCCAGUCAGAUGACAGCCCCUACUGCAUCCCCUGUUAUGACAGCCUGUUCUCAAAUACAUGUGAUGAGUGCAAAGAGCUGAUCGGCCAUGAUGCAAGGGAGCUUUUUUAUGAAGACCGGCAUUAUCACGAGCACUGCUUCCGCUGUUUCCGCUGCGAUCGCUCAUUGGCAGAUGAACCCUUCACCAGCCAGGAGGACGCGUUGCUCUGCAAUGACUGCUACUGUAAUGAGUUCUCCUCCAAGUGUGUAGCCUGCGACAAGAUCGUGAUGCCAGGUACGAGGAAGUUGGAGUAUGCAGGCUCUACAUGGCACGAGGGCUGCUUCAUCUGUCACAGCUGCGAACAGCCGAUUGGUUCCAAGUCCUUCAUCCCUGACAAGGACGAACACUACUGUGUGCCCUGCUACGAGGACAAGUUCGCUCCACGCUGCACACGCUGUAAAAAGACCCUGGCUAAAGGUGGUGUGACCUAUCGGGAUGAGCCAUGGCAUAAGGAGUGUUUUGUGUGCACCAGCUGUAAGACGCAGCUGGCGGGUCAACACUUCACCUCCCGAGACGACAGCCCUUACUGCCUUAAGUGCUUUGGCAGCCUGUAUGCCAAGAAGUGUGAGGCCUGCAGCAAACCCAUCACAGGUUUUGGAGGAGGAAAGUACAUCUCAUUUGAGGAUCGUCAGUGGCAUCAGCCAUGCUUCACCUGCUCCCAGUGCUCUGUUUCACUGGUGGGCGCCGGCUUCUUCCCUGAUGGUGAAAGAAUCCUGUGCCGCGACUGCCACAGCAACCUAUAGAGCAGUCACUCACAAUAUUCUCACCCCUUCCCUCGACCUCCCUUUUUUUACCCUUUGUCACAGCAUUUCGAGAACCCCAAGUCAUUACCGAGGAAGGUAACACAGGCUAACAAAUGCUGCCUCUCAGGUCAUUUUUAUACAAAAGACAUCAGUUCCUCGUUUUCCCUGUCUGGAUCAGAUUUUCAUCUUGGAGCUAGUGCGCAAAAUCCUGUGCUGAUGCUGCAUUGUUUGCAUGAACCACCAGAAAGAUUUCCUCUUUAACCAAAACGUUAAUUAUUUUGUGAAACAAACUUUAUGGAGUGCCUUAAGAAUAACAUUUCUUUACGUAUUAUUCUAUUAAACCAAAGAAAUGCAAAAUGCCAGUCACUUUGCAAAAAAAAUCCUUCAUAUUUUAUAUGAAUAAGUUGCCACUUCAGGUAGAGGUCAGGCUCUGAAGAGAAGCCACAGAACACUGAUACAGUAUAGAAUAUAAACCUUACAGUCUGUAUUUUCAAAGUAUGGUGGAGUUACUGUUUUAAUGCUCUUAUAACUGCAGUUUUAUGCAUUUUGAAUGUUGCUUUUUCUCACGUGUCAGUUAUCUUUCGAUAAUGUAUGUCUUGCUCUAUGCGUCUUGAACAAGUUACUGUAUAUAAUGACAUAGAAGGAGGUAUGACACUGUUGUAUAAAGUGGCAAACAAAUUAGACCAAUUUAAAAAAGACUGAAAUAUGUGAGAAAGUAAAUACAAGAGGGAAAUUUUGAAAAAUGAGGCAGUCAGUUAAUGAUAGUCAUGAUCAAAAAAGACAUUUGCACUUUGCAUAAGACAUUCUCUUGCUACCAUGUUAUGUGCACAUAAAAAAACACAGUUCAAAGACAUGGCACAAGACACACAAAGAAACCCUUUUAAUGUUCUGUAUCUGCUUGUGAAACUUUGCAAUGACACUUAUUUUACAUAUUGUUUCUGUCUUUUUCAUUUGUUGUAAUGAAUCCUUUUAUCACCUUUGCUCAAAGAGCCAGCAUUUAUAACCCAAAAGCUGAAAUGAAAUGCAUUACCAUCGUGUAUUGCAGGAGUAUGCAUGUCUUCAUCUGCCAUGAUUUGCCACCGUAAUUAUUUUCUUACUGUUAACGCUGUUAGUGUUUUGUUUUUCAUUGUUAGUUUUUAACUUGUAUGUGACUUGUAUGUAAAAAAAAAUCUACAAAAAAAACAAAAAAACAAACAAACCUAUAUUUCAUUAUUUCAGCUUUGAUGCUGGUGAGUCAGAGUUGGCAAAUAUACAUUUUAAGAUGGGAACUAGGCUAUCGAGGCGAUGACAGUAUGAACUUCAUGAAAAAAAAGAUGAUAAUUGAUGAUUCAAUGAUUAAAUGCUACAAUGGAUAGUCUUAUUUGUGAAGUCUUAUUAAAAUACAUUUACAUAGA